AUGUGCCGCAGCUUUGGGGGACCCAGGGACGGCGGGUCCGCAGCCACCCAGAACCUGCCGGGGAUGCUGGCGAGGCAGGUCCAGUGUCCCCGCAAGGACAGCACGGUGGUUGUCUUAAUUGCUGAAUCACAGUGCAAAAAUUAUACUGAAGGCCUAAUACACAUAACAGAAAAAGUAAUUACAGGGAGGAUCAUUGCUAAAAGAGAAAUUAAGUGCAACCAGGAGGAAUACAAUUUAGGCAUCAAGUGUUGCAAGAAAUGUGAUCGUGGUUUUGUUAAAAAUAUCAGCUGCCCAACAGAUACUAGCAAGCACUGUGUUCCAUGUCAAAGUGGAAAGGAGUACAUAGAUCAUGUCAACGAUUUGGAAGAGUGUUUGAGAUGCUCUUCAUGUGACAGGACAUUUGGGUUGGAGGUUGCAAAGAACUGUACCCCAGCUCAGAACACAGAAUGCGUCUGUGCAAAGAACCAUUUUUGCAAUUCCUCUCUACCAUGUACACACUGCGAUGCAUGUACCAUAUGUGAAAGCGGCAUAAUUACAAAACAAUGUACUUCAACUUCAGACACUGUGUGUGGAGCCCAAGGUAUAUUUGAAAACCUAGCAUGGUCUAGCAUCUGCUGUAUUUUUAGACACUAUUGCAAUUGUAUUGUUCUACACAGCAACCUAAUGCCAUGGUGGGGCACUGCUUUGUUAGUUCUAGUUCUAUCACUACUGUUAACACCUGGAGUAGUAUUUUACUGCAGGAAAAAGAAGUGUCAUACUAGCAAGCAGAACCCGGAUGAAAUAGUCUCCGAAGAGCCUCCUUACACUGUACCUCUCAUACCUACAGAACAUUAAUUUCCUUUUAUGCUUCUAGAUGUUGACUUGAGCAGCCAUGUUGCUGCUAUUGUGGAGGAGAUGACACUCCCACAAGUCAAGACGUUCGUUCGUAAUCAUAAAGUACCAGAACCCGUCAUAGAUCUAACUGUUCGGGACUACGCGAAUGAUACAUCUGAACAGAAGAUUAAGCUGUUUGAAGUGUGGUAUCAAAGACACGGGAUAAGAGGAGCCUAUGGAACCCUAAUAAGCAGCCUGAGAGAUUUUAAAAUGUGCACUGCAGCUGAUAAAAUCGAGGAAAAACUGAAGUCAGCUGUUUCCAGCUGUCAAGAAGGUGGACAGUCUUAUAACAAGGACACUGAGCAAAGCAAAACCUGCACUCAGGAAAGCAGAAACUCCGAUGAUGACAGUGCUGAACUAAGUAAAACCUGUUCUGGUAGUCUGGAAGAGACAUAG